UUUCCCACCUUUCCACCAUCUCCGCUUCAGUAAAUUCACUCUUCGACCCUCUCUCUCUCUCUCUUCUCUUCCUUCUUCUCUCUCUAUAACGCCAUGAUAGGAGAGAGAGAUCUCGCCGGCGAUGGAGAGAGCUCCCGGACCAAGCCUUCGAAACCCCGCUUCUCCCAGCUUAACAGCGACAACCCAGAUGAGAAAAUCGGUCUAUUUCAGAAAGGUAUCGAUUUUCUCAGCGUCCGAUCUAAUCAUCUCGAUGGGCUUUCUUCUAAGUUCACCCGACCAGGAAACGAGCUCACCCUCAGCUAUCUCUGCGAAAACCGGGAGCUUUCCGGGAAAAUCACGGAAAGUUUAGGUCAAAAGGGGAAAGAGGUCGCGGUCUCCGAGAAUUCGAGCCAUGACGAUAAAUGGGUCGAGAGAGAUUUCUUGAAUUUGGGCGAAAUGGGUCCGAAUUCUUCGAAACGGAAGGUUCAGGAGGAAGAAGAACCAUUGGACGAGAAAAAGAAGAGUAAGAUCGAAACCCUAAAUCUCUCCCUGGCUCUGCCGGAUGUUUCUCUGUCUCUGACGGCGUCGAACGCCGUGAAGAAGCCGAAGCCGACAAUCAGCGAGCGAACGAUGACGACCUUCUCGAACGAUUUCACAGCAGCUCCGUCCAUGUCGUGCUCAUACUCGCACCCGUUUUCCCACAACCCUAGUUGCUCUAUGACGCGGAAUUCCACAGAUUUCGAUUGCUCCAUAGGAAGAGACGAUCAAAUUUGGUGUGCCGGUGAAGGGACCAAUGGAUCGGUUCACAGCCGAUUCAGACCGAUCGGCGAGGGCGUUGGUCUUGCGAACAACCUCAGUUUCUGCAAACCCACAAGCUCCGAUUACUCCUUCUUCCCCUCGGAGUUGCCGGCUCGGCCCCGCGUGGAAGUCACGCAUUCCGGCGACUCGAGAAAGAAAGAUUCCGAGAAGCUGCCGAGUUCGGAAGGAAACGAUGCUGUAAGAUCGGAGAGGGUCCUCUACGAUAUCGUAUCGGAGUCUAUUUCUUCUGUGGCGUUGAUGAUUCAGGGAAUGGCGGAUGAAACCCUAGAGUCCGCGAAAGAGCACUUGAGGAACUUGAUCGAUUCGCUGGAGAAGAAGGAGAAGCUGACGAGCCUUCAGAACCAGCUCGACAAAAGAUCCGAUCUUACCAAAGAGACGCUUUCGAAAUGCGUCAAGGAUCAACUAGACAUUCUUGUCGCUGUCAGAACAGGGUUGAAGUACUUCCUUUCCGGUAAAAUUCGAAUCCCCAUGAACGAACUUGUAGAAAUCUUUCUGUUCAUGAGGUGUAGGAAUGUGAACUGUAAGAGCCUUUUGCCCGUCGAUGAUUGUGAAUGCAAGAUCUGCUCGAACAACAAAGGCUUCUGUAGCUCGUGUAUGUGCCCGGUUUGUCUGAAGUUUGAUUCAGCCAGUAAUACGUGUAGUUGGGUUGGGUGUGACGUCUGUUCCCACUGGUGUCAUGCUGCGUGUGGAAUUCAGAAGAAUCUGAUCAAACCUGGGCUGAGCUUGAAAGGUCCUCGUGGCACCACUGAGAUGUUAUUCCAUUGCAUCGGCUGUGGUCACGUCUCCGAGAUGUUUGGAUUUGUUAAGGAUGUUUUCGUGUGUUGUGCAAAGAACUGGGGCAAUGAGACGCUGGUCAAGGAGCUUGAUUGUGUGAGGAAGAUCUUCAGGGGCAGUGACGACCCCAAAGGGAAAGAAUUGUACCGUAAAGCCGAUGAGAUGGUAACCAAGUUAGAAAGCAAGCGGAUUUCGCCUCCAGAUGCAUGUAACUUCAUCAUUCAGUUCUUCAACCACGCAGAGUCAGUAUCGGAGUUUCCGGCGUCUGGGCUAACCUCGAAAGAGAUAACUGCCCCGGAAACCAGCUACAGAAAGGACGAGGCAUCAGUGACGCCAUCCACAUCUGCAUACGCAGCCAAGGAACAGAAGAGUUCUGUCUUAACUGAUGUGACGGGAAGCGGAUUCGACAGCAUUGAGAGCAUGGUGAGGAUAAAGGAGGCGGAAUCGAGAAUGUUCCAGAAGAAAUCGGAUGAAGCAAGGAGAGAGGCAGAGAGUUUCAAGAGGAUGAUAGAGAUGAAGACAGAGAAGAUGGAGGAGGAAUACGCGGAGAAGCUGUCGAGGCUUUGUCUGCAGGAGACAGAGGAGAGGCGGCGGAAGAGAUUGGAAGAGCUAAAGGCGCUGGAGAAUUCCCACUGUGAUUAUAAGAACAUGAAGCUGAGAAUGGAGGCUGAGAUCGCCGGAUUGUUGAAGAGGAUGGAGGUUACAAGGCAACAAUGGGUCUGAGUUCUUAUUUUAAAGAAAAAAGCCUUUCAAAUGAUCUCUCUUCAUUCUUCUUUGGUUUUGUUGUUGUUUUAUGGUUUUAGUGUGUAACUUUUGAAUAAUUUUGGAUUACUUUGAAUCUCUUAACUUUGGGGUAUUCAUUCGAUUUGGAAUUGCAUAUGGGUUA